AUGGCGAGGAACGUUCUUUCCAACUUGUGCUCCCAUGGGGACCUGCUUCGGACCAUGAUAUGUAUGUUGGCGAUAGCGAGUAUAGUCAACGCUGCAACAUGGACUUCUUUUCAAUCGAGACCAGACAUUCGUGCACCGAUUAUGGAAGUUAGUCUUAGGAACGACUCACUUAUUACCCCGGGCUAUAUAUUUAUAGCACCCUAUGAGACAGAACUACCAGGGCCAUAUAUAUAUGACACUGAUGGUGAUUUGGUAUGGAGCGGAGCCGAUGGCUCCACAACCGAGCUCUUCCAUGAUCUACAGGUGUGCCCCUACAAGGGGUCCGAUCAUUUAUGCUACUUCCAAGGAAAUCAAAUAGAAGGUUAUGCAAGGGGUCGCAACAUCAUCCUGGAUCAAGACUAUAAGCAAGUGGCGACUGUACAGAGUGGAAAUGGUUUAACGCUGAGCGAUAUGCAUGAGUUGAACAUUAUUGAUAACACCUCCAUUCUCAUCGCCAUUUACCAGCCGCGCCGCUAUAACCUAGAGGCGUACGAUGUACCAGCGGACAACGGCUGGGUCAUGGAUGGCGUGUUUCAAGAGAUCAAUAUUACGACAGGCGAGAUCCUCUUCGAGUGGAGGUCUCUCGAUCAUGUUGGCAUCUCGGAAACGUAUACCCCGAUUCGACUUAACACAGUCGUGGGUGAUGGUCUUAGCAAUGCGACUGCCUGGGACUACUUUCACAUUAACUCUGUUGAUAAGAACAAUGAUGGUGACUAUCUAGUGUCUGCUAGACAUACCAGCUGCAUCUAUAAGAUAUCCGGUAAGGAUGGAUCCAUUCAAUGGCGUCUGGGUGGUACAAACAGUUCCAUCGAAAUGCAGAAUUAUAAUUUCUCCUCCCAGCAUGAUGCGCGGUUUAUUCAGGAGAAUGACACUGUCACUGUUAUUUCACUCUUCGAUAACGCAAGCAACGGAUAUAGAAAUACGUCAUCAACAUCCUCAGGUAUUAUCGCGUCAAUUAACCAAGAAACCAACACAUCAAGUCUCAUUAAGAGGUACGAAGCCCCAGACAACGGGCUUCUGUCGACCAGCCAGGGGAACCUCCAGAUACUGGCGAACGAAAACGCUUUCAUCGGAUGGGGUAACAAUCCUUCAAUAUCUGAGCAUACUGACGACGGAACCCCCGUGUUCUUCGCAACAUUAAAUGAUGCGCGGGAGAUGAACUACCGUGCUUUCAAAUUUAAUUGGACCGGACAGCCAAGCGAUAAUCCCUCUCUUCGUGCAUAUGCAGCUGCCCCGGGAUCUGGGACCACAUUCUGGGUCAGUUGGAAUGGUGCUACCGAAGUCGCCCAUUGGAAUCUCUACGGCACGACGUCGACGUCUGAGGAGUUUACGUUGUUGUCUAAGGCGGAUAGACAAGGGUUUCAAACUACCUAUACGAGCACCGACUACCACCCUCGGGCAUAUGCAGAAGCAGUUUCGAGCGAUGGAUCAAGUCUAGGUAAAUCGUCAGUGGUGGAUACGACGUCGUCUUUGCCCAGCCUAGGCUAG